CACAGCAAAGCUGUAAUGCCGAGAAAAGCGCAUGCGCURUGCGGCGGGGGCGGUAGCGCGGCCGCGACCCGGUGGGGUGAGGAGAGGAGGAGCAGCCGGUCCCGCCUCUUUCUUCUCCUCCUCCUGCCCGCGGCUCAGGGUGCCGCCCGUCCCGCCUUUUGCUCCCCGCGGCACCCGGUGCCGCCGAGGCCUGUGCCGGCCCUGAUUCGCCGGGCCCCGGGUCGUCGCGGAGCCAUGGCGCAUCGAAGGUCGGCGGAACGCGGGCCUUGCCAGGCGGCGGCGACGGCGGAAAGUGCCAGGCACCAGCGGCAGCUUCUGGAAGGGAAAGCUCUUGCAGAAGGUGGAUCAGCUCGGACAUCACUUCUUAUUUUAGUGUCCAUCUUCUUAUCAGCUGCUUUUCUUAUGUUCCUGGUAUAUAAAAAUUUCCCACAACUUAGUGAGGAAGAAAGAGAAUGUAUAAAGGUUCCUAGAGAUAUGGAUGAUGCAAAGGCCUUGGGAAAAGUCUUGUCCAAAUACAAGGACACAUUUUACGUUCAAGUGUUAGUGGCUUAUUUUGCAACAUACGUUUUCUUGCAAACAUUUGCUAUUCCUGGGUCUAUAUUUCUCAGUAUCCUGUCAGGGUUUCUUUAUCCCUUUCCACUGGCCUUAUUUCUUGUUUGUUUGUGCUCAGGACUUGGAGCUUCAUUUUGCUAUAUGCUUUCAUACCUAGUGGGGCGUCCUGUUGUGUACAGAUAUUUAACAGAAAAAGCAGUAAAAUGGUCAGAACAGGUUGAACGACACAGAGAACAUCUCAUUAAUUACAUAAUAUUUCUGAGAAUAACCCCUUUCCUUCCAAACUGGUUUAUCAAUAUCACAUCUCCUGUAAUCAAUGUGCCAUUGAAAGUGUUUUUCAUUGGCACUUUCCUAGGUGUAGCACCACCUUCUUUUGUAGCCAUUAAGGCAGGAACAACGCUGUACCAGCUUACAACAGCAGGGGAAGCUGUUUCCUGGAACUCUGUUUUUGUUCUCAUGAUUCUAGCCAUCCUGUCCAUCCUGCCAGCUCUCUUCCAGAAGAAACUGAAACAGAAGUUUGAAUAAGGAUCAAACUGGACCAGAGUUUCCCAUACUUCAUCUCAGGAUCAGCACUUCUGAUAUUUGUAUAUUUGCUUUUCUAUUGGAUCUUAAACAAUUAAAGAGGAGGCUUGUAAGUGGUAAGAAUGUCUUUUAAUGAACACAUGGCCUUAAACUAAAGGAAAUGUGUUCAGAAAUGUACUGCAUAUUGUUUUGUAAUCAAACCACCAAUGUUUUACUUUGGGAGGAUGUGUGUGGCUCUCAGGAUAAUGGAAGGGAGAACAUAGAUGUAACAUUUUGCUCUGGUUACAUGCAGAGCAAAAAUUGUAAUGUAGACAUAAACUACAGGUGAUGCUUUCUAACACUUGCAGGAAAAAACCCUGGAUUAUUCAGUCCAACUUUUUAACGUUUGUGUAGGUUUGGACGUGAUCUGAUCUGAGUGUAUUUUUCACUAACAAUAUUUCCCUUAAUUUUUGCCUUGGGGAGUUUCAAAAUAAUAUAAAGGUGCUCACUCAGAAACAAAGGUUCUGUGCAGUACUUUAACUYCAAUGUUAUUCUCAUCCAGGUUGUUUACUUCUAUUUAUUAGUGCUGUGUUGAAUUAAAUACUUGAACCUCCAUCUGCUUUACUUACUGGAUUAACAAAGGCAAAGUGUCAGAUUGUUCCCUCUUGGCCCUUGUAAAGUUUUAUUCUGAGAGAGGAUAUAGGAAGGGAGGGAGCAGCUUAGAAUUCUUAUCUUGGCUAGCUGAUGGUUUUUAAGUUCUAAUUUUCUUUUUUUUUUUUCAAUGUUGAUUAUUUUGCCAAUAUUUCACUUGCAUAGAUUUAUCCUGCCAUCUUAAGAAAGUGAUCGUAUGGUUAUAUAAAACUUGCAGAUCUCAAGUGAUUUAAAAAUGCUUAAGCAGUGUAAUAUUGCCAUUUUUCAAGCAAUAUGUAAAGAGUAUAAAGUCUUUCAUUGCAGCUUGAUUAGCUGAAAGAAAUGUCAGGUACACAAACUGGUGCAGUUCCUAUCAAACAGCUGAUCCCAAAAAAUGUUCAAAGCACCAUGGAACAGCAGGCUCUUGUGUUAGUGUAUAUAAAAAUGGGGUUCUGUUGUCUGCUAAGUCUGUGACUGGCAGUGGGCAACCAGCCAUGACUCACCUUCAGUAGAAGUCCCUGUAUUCUCUCAGUAAGGUACAUGGUACCUCCCCUUGUGCUUCCAACUGUGGUAGUUUGUUGCGUCAUCAGUGGAACCCCAUAAAACAAAGCCCUGAGCAGUAAGGAACUGGGAGCACAUUUGAGUUUUAUCCUACUGAAAGCAGUGCUGCUCAUGUGGCUUAAACUGAUGCCCCUUGAGUAUCUUGCUGAAAAUGGAAUCAACACAUCAGCAUGUGCUCCAGUUCCAGGGUUUAUUUGUCUGUGUCCUUGUGUCAACUCAUGAUCAUAUCAUAGAUCUUUGAGAUGUAAGAGAACAGCUCAUGAAUGUGAUAAUGUGAAAGGUACUGGUACCUUUAAAGGGUUUAUUCAUUUUUGUAACAUAAUGUUGACUGCUUCAUUUCAUYGCAGUAUUAUAUGUAAAUAUAUAGUAAAUAUUAUUGAUACACCAUUUGUCUUUUAUUUAAAUUCAGGCUGCACAGUAAAUGAUAUUUUUGACAUAAGUAUAUAAAAGAAUUUAUAUCAGUUCUGUUUGCAAGUUCAUUGUAACAUCACUCAGCUUCAGCAAUUCUUUUGUUAUUUAGAAUUUACUCUAAAAGUGUACUUUGUCAUUUGAAACUGAACAGUGAUUACUUUUAUUGCUGCUGUUCUAAUCUCCAGAGCUCCUCUACCCAUGGCAUUUAUUCCACAGUAAACUUGGAUGUGAAUUGAGCUAUGUAAGCAAGUGUCCCCUGGACUCUACUGAGUGUGAAGCUGCUGUAGAUUUACAGCCUACUUUUUUUGCAGAGUUAACUUUUCAUGCAGAUGAACUCUCAAAAUAAAUUACUUACUACUUAUUUUCCAAUA